AUGUCUACUAUUAGUUUAUUUCAAUUUUCGGCCCUCGUUCUGUGGCCUCUUCUCUUUUCUGUAUGCACCUUGAUAUGGUCGGAGAGACAAUCAAAAUCGAUAGAAUAUCUCAUAAGGGCGAAAUCUUCGCUGCGGGUUCUCGAGCGAGAUCUGACCUUUGAACAUGAAACGGCUCAUCGCUUGCAGGAUUUGAACAAGGAGCUUCGCUCCGAAGCGAGGCACCACUCGCACUCCCUCCGCCAGAUCAAGCAAGGCCAGCGCGCCAAGUUCUUGCGUCUCAAGGGAAUUCCAGAGGAAGGCCAGGGAAAUGAAAAUACGGCGGAAAAGGUUUCCGAGCUUCUGGAAUACUUGGGCUUUGAAAUCGAAGCUUCGGACAUCGAGCGUGCGAACAGAGUUGGCGGGCGUGACCACGAAGGACCUCGUGCGAUCGUCAUGGAGCUCACUUCCGAACGACUCAAACAUGCAAUCUUGGGCGAAGCUGCCGUCAAGCUGCGCCACACGCCCUAUUCCAUUCUUGUAAAAACCUUUAACGGUAAAUAUAUAGACGACGAAACUUUUGUUGUGAUGGAGGAAAGUCAAGCUAUGUAUGUUCCGGAUAUGGGAAUCGGUUGCGGUCUUAUCAGUCACGUAGAAGAUCCUGAGCUUGUGAAGAAGUCAGGUAGAAUGUUUGGCUUCUGGGGAACAGAUUCGCAGAUCAAUUCAGAACGUGUUUAUAUCAUGGAACAUUUUUACAAGAACGCGAAAGUUAUCCAGUUCGAGAAUAUCCACGAGUUUCGGCAGCCGACGGCAAAACCUAAAGUGUUCACAAUGCCUUAUAACUGGGGUGGGACGGGGCAUUUGGUUAUAAAUGACUGUAUCUACUUCAAUCGCUUCAACACGUCCAAUAUUGUCCAGUACUCAACGACAGAGAAAAAGAUCGUUAACGAAGUGGAAGUGCGUGACGCCGCCUUUGGAAACAUGGCGCCGUAUCAGUGGGCAGGCAGCACUGAUUUCGACUUGAGUUACGACGAGUGCGGCUUAUGGCUUAUAUAUGCGACGCUACAAAACUCGCUAGACAUAGUUAUUUCGAAGCUGAAUAUGGACACGCUCGAGAUCGAGACAACGCACAGAACUAACUGGCGUAAACAGUGGUCUGGCAAUGCAUUCAUGGCCUGUGGCGUGCUCUAUGUCUUGAAGAAAUACGAUGAAAAAUAUACCUCCCUGAAUUACAUCUACAAUACCCACACAGACACGUACAAAUACGUUGACAUUCCGUUCACGAACAAGUUUGAAUGGAACACCAUGGUCGAUUACAACCCUCGGGACAAGCGAAUUUAUGCUUGGGAUAAGGGGCACCAGCUAAUUUACAACUUGACCAUGGAGUCAUCGGACGCACUAUAA